CGUGCCGGUCUCACCACGCCUCAAAGGGCUUGGAUCCGAGCUCUCGACGACUUCACAUCGCCGGCCUCUUGAUUCUUGAACUAACCCUUCCUCCUCCUCCGCUCCUCGAUCGGCUCCUCCUGAUCUCCACAAGAAGCGAACCCUUAAUUACUUGCGGCUCUCCUAACCCCAGCUACCUAGCUAGCUAGCUACCUGCUGCUUUGAUCCUUUCAGCUCCUUAUUAGCUUCGUCCGAUCCUCCCGAUCGAGCCGCCGAUGCCUCCUGCCGUCCCCCAAGAGCCAUGAGCAACGCCAGCAACAGCAAGAAGCACAGCCUCCUCGCGCCAAAGGCCACCAUGGACAUGUCUCGCCUGCACCAAGCCUACGACCGCGGCUAGCUUAGCUCGCUCCAUCAUCUAUAGGUUCUUUGUCCUUGUUGUUGAACAAACCAGCUCAUCGAUCGUUGUUGGUCUAGUGCCUUGCGUGGUUCGUGUUCCGUGCUCAAUUUGUACGCAGCCGUAGCUAUUAGCAACGAUGAAGGAAGGGGGCGAGAAGAAGAACAUCCUGGCCAAGACGCUCCAGCGGUGCCGGACCUCGCUGGCCCACCGGAGGCGCCCGCCGGCGGCCGCCGACAGGGUGGCGGCGGCGUCGUGGGGCGCCGUGCCGGCGGCCGGCUACUUCACCGUGCUGGUGGGCCCCGAGAAGGAGCGGUUCGGCGUGCGUGCGCGCUGCGCCAACCACCCGCUCUUCCGGGCGCUCCUGGACGAGGCCGAGACCGAGUACGGCUUCGCUGGCUGUGACGGCCCGCUCGAGCUGCCCUGCGCCGUCGACGACUUCAUGGAGGUCAUGUGGGAGAUGGAGCAGGGAGACCCCGCCGCGUCGCCCGGCUGCGGGCACUUCGCCGCCGGCAGCAGCAGAGGGCACCACCUGCAGCAGCAGGGGUACCAGAUGAUGAGCCCCGCGAGGUUCCUCGUCGCCGGCCGCUCGUGAUAGAUCUUGCUGAUGGCCGGCGUCGGCGAAGGUCUAAGCCCGAUCGUCGCCGCGCGCGCCGUUCACUGUCAAUCAACUUCUCGUUGAAACAUCUUUUCCUUCUACUUUGUACGUCGACCAGAGUAUCAUCAGACUCGAUCCGGGCGCAUGCAGAACAGCAGAAGUUUGUUCACCUGCUUUGCUUGCUUGCUUUUGCUAAAGGUGUUAACGUUUGUUUUCAGUUUUACUCUCUUGUUCGCUGCAUGUAAUCCAUAUAUAUAGUUGAUCUAUGCCUGGUAAUCCCAUGUUCUCUCCAUGUCGAUAAACUUUGUGUGUGUGUGCGUGUGUGUGUGUGUGUAUGCCGUGUUUAGUGAUGUUUUUGCAUCGAUGUGUAUCGUGUUUACUGUCAACUACGAAUAGGCUUUUUGUAUCC